UCAUCAGAUCACCAUUCCAUAAAUCUGUCAUUUUUCAGUGUCAUAUACAAAUACAGGGUUUUGUGUCAGUUUUUCUCAAUUUUCCUUUGAAAAUAUGGUUUGUGGACGGGAAUUCAGACGCACCCUUCGUAGGCCUAUGCCAAAUGCCGCCUGCAAAGCUAGACCUCCUUGCAGAAUUGUACCAGCAUUUACGAUCCAAGCGAAUCAGAAGAACACAUGUGUAGCUCCACCACCUAGAUGUUAUGCCCUUUGUGAGCGGCCACCUAAGAAAACCCUUUUUCGAUAUCGCUACAAGAGGGGCGACUUCCCCAUCGCCCUAGAAACGAAGGGCAUCUUAUGGAAAACUGAUAUCCCAAAACUCGAUUUCCACUUCUAUCUUCCCAUGUUCUUCGAGGGCCUUAUAGAGACCACCCACCCCUACAAGGUGUUCGCUAGACAGGCAGUUCACGACAUGCUCACCUACGGGGGAAAUAAAAUCUUCCCUUGCAUACCCCAGCUGAUCAUUCCCAUCAAGAACGCUUUCAACACGAGAAACAGGGAGGUGAUCUGCGUGACGCUGAAGGUGUUGCAGCAUUUGCUUCGGACCAGUGACAAGGUGGGUGAAGCUUUAGUGCCUUACUACAGGCAGCUGCUUCCAGUGCUCAACAUGUUCAAGAACUGCAACGUUAACUGCGGUGAUCACAUCGACUACAGCCAGAUGAGGGGUGAGAAUGUAUCGGAUCUAAUCAAUGAGACCCUCGAGCUGAUGGAGAGAACUGGUGGCGAAGAUGCCUUUAUUAACAUAAAAUAUCUCGUCCCCACCUAUGAAUCCUGCCUCUUGAAUUAAACCUAAACUCCUAAAUUCUUUAGUUUUAUAGUGUGAAAGACGCGUUAUAAGGGAUAUCCUCUUGAAAGGUAACAAGAAAAUUAAUUCCAGAGUAGAAGCUAGCAAUGAAUCUUAAAAAAAAAUCUACCGUUGUUUUGCUGGAGUGUGUUGAAACAACAUUCUCAGGAAAUUAAAUUUGGGAUAUUGCUACAAAUUGUUGCAGAUGGGACAUCGAUUAGAAAAUGUGCUAUUUAAUAUCUACAUGAAUCUCGUGCACAUCUCAUUGAAACUAUAUUUAUAUUAUUUGCACCUUCUUUUUAUAUAUUAUAUGGAUAAUCGAUAUUAUAUAUAUUUUUAUUGAUUCAA